CCUGCAAGUUAUAGGCAGUAACCCGGCCGCCGCCUUCCUCGUAAAAGGGACGUAUCCCACCCGUUUACUCCCUUCCCUUUUUCCACUACCACCCCCUGGAAACGGCGGUCCAGCAGCGGCUUCGAAACUACGCUCACACAUACUAGGCAGCUGUGUAGUAGUGUCGUCCCUGGGUUCAUUGCGCGCGCUAUAUAUAAUUAUACGUACAACGGCAAACCGAGCAACCGCCCUAUAUCCUGCCCGUCUAUAGUAACCAACAGUUGUUGUGUUGUGCGUCCGCUAAACGAUAAUAUUGCGUGCGUUAUAAUUUGUGCGUACAGUGUAUUAAAAUAGCAACGACAUCGUGUUAAUGUUGAUAUAUUUGUUCGUAUAAAAUAACGGUUUUUUUUUUUUUUUUUUCACUAAGCUAAUACCGAUAACGUCUGAAAAGUGAUACGCGGUGACGUUACAGUGAAUGGGAUGCCGCCGCCGUCUGAAAAUGCAGUACAACAGAUGACUGUAGUCCAACUUCGCGGGAAAUCUUCAUCCGUCUGUGGCUCGUAUAGACACUAAUGUCGCUACAAUAAACGUAUUGACGUAAACUGUAUAAGGCCAUUAAUCUUUUGCUCAAAAAGCGCUCAAGUAUUUGUUUGUUUGUUUUGAUUUCUAACCAUACACAAUAAUAAUAUUAUAGUACACACUAAAUGGAUUCUAACACGUUAAUGAUUGAUGACGACGACGGCCAGCCGUCUAUGAUGAUGUCUACACCACCUCCACCACCUUCGUUUCAUGGUGAGGCACCGCUAGCGCAACCCGACGAUGACUUGCGUACGCCUGGCGGGUUAGACGACACCACUGGUACGGGUUCUACCGUGUCUCCCGUGUCUCCUGUGCACAAGAACAAUAGUGCGAAAAUCGACGAACCGGUUUCUUACGACAGAGAUAAGGACACUAUCAUUAUUCCUUUGAUAGAUCGGAACCCCAUGCCACCGCAGACGAUGGAACCUACUGCUGAUGACCGUGACGUUCCUGUGGUGAGCAUGUCAAGUGGAGGAGCAACCGGCGUCCCGCCGAUAUCAGAACAAGAACAACUUAAAGGUACAAGUGGUUCAGCAGAUGAACAAUCGGACAGUAAAAAAGAAAAAGAAAAGAAGAACAAAAACAAAAACAAAAAUAAAGAUGAAUCAAAGAAAGAAAAAUCUAAAUACUCGAGUUCCGGUACUGAUGGAGCCGCAGGAAUAGGUGAUGACGGAAACUCAGCAGCUGCCCAACGUUACGCUUCUGGGGCCGUUGGAUGUCCAGCCACUACAGAAUACAUUUUACUCACCGUACUCUGUUCAGUUCUAUUAAUAGCAUGCACUGCCGGUACUGCUUAUUGGACAAUUGCGUUUAGAGAUGGCUACGAUACUACUCCAGCAGCAGUGUCAGGAGGAUCUUCAUGGUUCCCGUGGCCACCACCAAGUCUUAAAGAAAUCCUUCGAGUUGGCGUCUUCACCUAUCAAUUACAUAAUGCAUCUCAAUCCUCGUCAGAUCAAUCUUUCCUCCCUACUACAACAGCUCAACAACUCAAUACUCAAAAUCCCUUAGAAAUCAGUUUGGCCGAAAGACGAUUCAACUUGCAUCCAACCAUGAUGGUAGCCGGAUUUGUCACGGUUACUGGAUUCUCAAUGCUCGUUUAUAGAAUGGCUGCUAAAUGCACUGGAACCGGAUGUAGAACCACCUACUUGAAAUUAACUCAUUCCCUACUGCACACAGUCAUCGGAGUACCGUGCGUAUGUAUUGGAGCCCUAGCAGCCGCCCAGUAUCACACGUCUUUGCGUUUACCGCAUUUGUAUUCUGUGCACAGUUGGAUGGGCACACUAACUUAUUCACUAUUUUUUGUGCAGAUAAUCCUAGGGCUUUUUACAUUUGUCGUUUUGCUGUGUUGCCGAGCCGCCACUGCCAGAUGCCGAUUACGGUGUUUCGCUCCUAUACACGCAACUUUGGGACUUUGCACUUUUUCCAUGGCUAUUGCUACUUGUUUGACCGGCUUGCAACAACGUGCUGACACCAAGAUCUACAAUUCUACUAACGGUAACAGCUUGGCCAAUUCAGUCAACGAAAAACUUCACACGACUGUAGAACCCGUGGUCGUCAACUGUCUCGCCGCUCUUCUAAUAUUGACUUUGAUAGUCGUAUCUUACACUGUACGCCGUGAAUCUUUGAAACGAUAUCAAAUAGGCGCUGGAGGUCCUCCCUUGAUAUCUACAGCCACCGUAAGCCCCAUGCGAGGCACUACGGGUACUUCAAUAAAAUCAUCAAGUUCCACUAGAAAAUUACAACCUCCAGUUUAAGCCCGAUACAUUUGUAACAUGUAUAAUUUAAUUUUGCGGCCUAAAUGAACAACGAAAUUCCUCAAUGAUUCUUCCAUUACUUCCAAUACAACUUCACGUGACUUCGUGCACUAAAUUUAAGAGCUUUCUGAGACGGUCUACUCCGGUACAGGUACCAUGACACACAGUAAGGUAUUCUGUACUUGUAGGUUAAGAAAAAAAUAACGUUUUCCUUUUGUACAACAUUUAAUAGAAAAUUAAAUUCCUUUUGGUUAUUACGAUUAUUAAUACUUGAAAAAUUAAUUCUUUCAUAUACUUAUGUUUCCUGUAUGCGAUAAUAAUAAUAAGCGUUAAGCGGAUGUAAAAUAAGUAGUAUAUAGAGUUUAUAUUAUAUAUUUAAAAUAGAAUCUGUGCAGUUGGCGAUUGAACAACGAACAGUAUGAUAUAUUAUUAUUAUUAUUAUUAUUAUUGUAUGUACAAUGAUUAAGAUGUGAAAUUAAUCUUGAUCACGAUUUGACCAAUAAAAAUAAUGACUUAGGUGUACAUUAUUAAAAAUCAUUAUUUUAUGUAAUAUUUAGCUUUAUUAUCUUAAAUAUGAAGUAGUCGUUAUAUUGUUUUGGAGUAAUAUUUAAUAAUCUCUUAUUUCUAUUAAACGUUUCAGUGUACAAUUAUAUAAAUAUUAUAUUAUAGCAUUUAUGUAGAAAGAAAAAUAUUAUUGUUUUCGUUAUAAAAAAAAAACUCUCCCUAUUAUUAUUAUAUAUAUUUAAAAAUUUAUUACGUAUGUUUUUCUUGUAAUUAAUCUAUAAAUAUUUAUAUAUUAUAAAUUGUAAUUGUAUUAAUAAUACGAGAAAGUUUUUCGGGUGUUGUAUUUAUAUUUAUAGAUUUUUAGUAUUAUGAGCAAUUAUAUAUAUUGACAUAUGUAUAAUAUCAAUUAGCAUUUUAAAUGAGCACUUGCUGGCAGAGUACGCAUUCGCAUUUAUACCUAAAUAUUCGCGUUUUCGUAUACAUAUUAAAAACGAUUAUGUAUAACUAUAAUUAGAUGUUUUAUUACGAAUAAAGAUGUAAUACAAUUUACACAUUUCCAAAGAAA